GACAGUGAUCCGCGCUGAGGAGGAGGAGGAGGAGGCUGCAGCCAACAUGUGACAGAGCGCAGUCGCCUGGUUUCUCCACACCCAUCUGACCAAUAAACGAGGAGAGUGAAAAGACUGCGGGGCAGCUGCAGAAGAGCGGGACGGACUUUGUUGCUCACACUAAGUUCUGCUGCUGCUGCUGCUGCAAAGGAAAACAACAACAACAACAACAAUAACAGCAAAAAAUGGCAAGUUCUGCCUCUCUGGAGACGGUGAUGCCCUGCGGUAGGACCGGACCGUCCGCGGCGCCCAAGACCUUGGCCUUCUCCAUAGACCGGAUCAUGUCCAAAAACUCGGAGCCGAAAGGGAAUGCGGAGGAGCGCGCAGAGGGAAGGAAGGUGCUGGGGCUGUGCUGCCCGAUCCCCUGCAUGAUCCCACUGCAGCCCUUCAGUUACGACCUCCAGGCGAAGGCGCUGAUGAACUACUCGGAGCUGUGGAGAGCCAGUUUCAGGGGAACUUUUUGCGGUUCCGCAGCAUCUCCAUGCAAAGGGAACUGCGGCAUGUGCGGCAAAGCGGAGGCGAGUCUGAAGCAGCCGCUGCUGACAUCGUCGCCUGGGAGCCGGGGUGUGGUGAAGCCGCAGGUGUUGCACCAGGCUGUGGCCGCAGUGCCCAGCAGCGGCUCCCUCUACUAUCUCAACUACCUGGACUCUGCGUACCAGCAGUCCGAGCUGCUGGCCGGACACUGGGUCUCCAGCCCACACGCGCAGGCCUCAGCUCUUUCCGCGCACCACAGACUCUUGCUGCUGGAGAACGCCAAGUUGGCGGCGGUCGGUGCCGCCGAAAAGCUGCCCACACCUCAGUACCCGCACAAGGAGCAUCUGCCCGGGCAGCUGGACCAGAUCGUGAAGGAGAACCAGCAUCAUCACCACGGUCUGGUCGCAGAGAAGAACGGCGUCAAGACGCACAACAAGCUGAGCGGCAGCGGCACCGCGGACGGGAAACCCAAGAACUUCACGUGUGAAGUGUGUGGAAAGGUUUUUAACGCGCAUUACAACCUGACCAGACACAUGCCGGUGCACACCGGGGCUCGGCCUUUCGUGUGCAAAGUAUGCGGCAAAGGAUUCCGACAGGCCAGCACUCUGUGCAGACACAAGAUCAUCCACACACAGGAAAAGCCCCAUAAAUGUAACCAGUGCGGGAAGGCGUUCAACAGAAGCUCGACGCUCAACACGCACGUGCGGAUCCACGCAGGGUACAAACCGUUCGUGUGCGAGUUCUGCGGGAAAGGCUUCCACCAGAAAGGAAACUACAAGAACCACAAGCUGACGCACAGCGGGGAGAAGCAGUACAAGUGCUCCAUCUGCAACAAGGCCUUCCACCAGAUCUACAACCUGACCUUUCACAUGCACACACACAACGACAAGAAGCCCUUCACCUGCAGCACCUGUGGCAAAGGCUUCUGCCGCAACUUUGACCUGAAGAAACACAUAAGGAAGCUGCACGACAACGUCUUCUCUGAGGCGUCCAGAACGCUGCAGAGCUGAGGACCACAUGCCUCCUAAAAACUGGACAAUGUUCUGGUUGCGACUGUGGCCCUGCAUAUGCUGAACAAUGUCUGUCGAGGUUAAAGAGACAAGAUGGGGAUGUCCAAUACAAUUACACAUCAGCCCCGAACGUGUGGUAAUCUGGGAUGUAGGAUCCUUCUCAAGUGUAACCAGCCGGGACUCUGAAUAAAGACCAGAGAAGAAGACACAACGUCAGACACUUAAGACAGGUCUCAUUCUGUAGGAAUGUUAGAGUUUGUCCAGUCCAGAAUUUCAUCCUGCCAGUUACAAGCGUCAAACAGAAGGAUGCAGUAUCUGUCUCCCUCAUGGAGGUGUAAAUAAUAGGUUAUGGAGAUGAUAAAAAUAAUAAUAAUAAUAAUAAUAAAACAUGUUAUUUAAAUGUGAAUUGUCUGGGGAAUGCAUUACCAUGUUUGUAUUUCAAAGAAAUAAAUGUGGGGAAAAUGUGAAUAAUUAAGUUAUAACUUAAAAUGGAAAAUUGAAUGUUUGAGCCAUGUUUUUGAAGGCAUUUGAAAAUAAAACCAAAUAUUAUGUUACAA